AUGACCUCAUGCUUAAUUCUUCAGAUCAAAGUUGAUGAAAAUGGUAAAAUUGUGGAUGCAAAGUUCAAGACAUUUGGUUGUGGUUCUGCCAUUGCCUCAAGUUCCCUGGCUACUGAGUGGGUCAAAGGAAAAUCGGUAACCGAUGCUAAAGAGAUUAAAAACACUGAAAUCGCCAAGGAACUUUCUCUUCCUCCAGUAAAACUCCACUGCUCAAUGCUUGCAGAGGAUGCCAUCAAAGCUGCACUGAAUGACUACAAAGUCAAGCAGGAAUCACUUAAAAAAGAAAUAUAAAGCAAAGAAAAUAUCAUCAAAUGUUCACCCUCAAACCCAGCAGGAAGAAUUGACCAUGUUAUCAACAUUUACAAAAUGUUACAAUAGUGGUUUUCUGUCAGCUUUUGUUGACUCACCAGAGUCAAAAAUGGGUAAAGCCAUUGCAUAGGAAGAGGUUAACAUAGUUCAGUCCUCACUUCAUGAAAGAUGGAACAAUGAUUGUUACUGAUUAGACCACAUUUUGAUUACUAUUUUGACGAACACAUCUCCAUUAAAGAAAAACUAUUUCUUUGCUAAAAAGGUGAUACUGGCAAAAUAUGCUAAAGUUUAUUUUGCACUUUGUAUUUUGGCAACUUGUUUAGUGUUCAUAUUUUCUUAUCAAGUUAGUUGCUAACUAUAUUUAUGUGGUAAAAUUAUCAUAGCUAAGCAUCUCAUUGUAAAGAAGUGGAAUUAAUUUAAUGUCAUUGGCAAAAUCUGUACAAUACAUGGCGACAGUCAUGUUUAGAUAAACAAUAAAGUUCCCUCCUAAUCCAAA